AUGUACCUGCACUUCCACGAGCGGAUCCUCGGGAUCCUGAUCGGCAACGAGACCUUCGCGCUACCGUUUUGGGGUUGGGAUUCGCCUGACGGGAUGACCCUGCAGGAGAUCUACCUAACCGGGUCGUUCAACGACCACCACCGUGACGACGACGGCGGGUUUCACACAGCGACGCAGAUGGGGAGCGGGCACUUCGCCGGGGAAGGGUUCGGAAAGGCAUCCUACUUCCGAAACUGGCAAGUGGUGGAGUGGGACAACAAUCUCGUCCCUGUGUCGUCCAACCUACUCAAGCUAUUGGCCGACCGCCUCAACUGCUACGACAUCCAAGGCGGGAUCAACAGAGUUUGGGGCAACUAUUUUUACUAUGGAGGUCCUCGAACAAACAUCAGAUGCCCCUAG